UGGCGCCGCGCGCGGCCGCCGCUCGCCAUGGCCAGGGAGGACUCGGUGCGGUGCCUGCGCUGCCUGCUCUACGCGCUCAACCUCCUCUUCUGGUUGAUGUCCAUCAGCGUAUUAGGUGUUUCUGCUUGGAUGAGAGACUACUUGAAUAAUGUUCUCACCUUAACUGCAGAAACAAGGGUGGAGGAGGCUCUCAUUUUGACAUAUUUUCCUGUGGUCCAUCCAGUCAUGAUCGCUGUUUGCUGUUUCCUUAUCAUAGUUGGAAUGUUGGGCUACUGCGGGACAGUGAAAAGAAAUCUGUUGCUUCUUAUCUGGUACUUUGGAAGCUUGCUUGUAAUAUUCUGUGUUGAACUGGCCUGUGGUGUUUGGACCUAUGAGCAGGAAAUAACGGUUCCUGUGCAGUGGUCUGAUAUGAUCACUCUAAAAGCCCGGAUGACCAAUUAUGGCCUACCUAGAUACCAGUGGCUCACCCAUGCUUGGAAUUUCUUUCAGAAGGAGUUUAAAUGUUGUGGGGUGGUAUACUUCACAGACUGGCUGGAAAUGACAGAGAUGGAUUGGCCUCCUGACUCCUGUUGUGUCCGGGAGUUCCCAGGAUGUUCGAAGCAAGCUCAUCAUGAGGAUCUCAGUGACCUUUAUCAGGAGGGCUGCGGUAAAAAAAUGUACACUUUUCUGAGGGGGACAAAGCAAUUGCAAGUGCUGCGGUUUCUGGGGAUCUCCAUUGGAGUAACACAGAUUCUGGCCAUGAUCCUCACUAUUACCUUGCUGUGGGCUCUGUACUAUGACAGAAGGGAUCCUGGGGCAGACCAGAUCAUGUCCCUGAAGAGUGACACUGCGCAACACCUCUCAUGUCAUUCGGUGGAGCUGCUGAAACCAAGCCUAACGCGGAUCUUUGAGCAUACAUCCAUGGCAAACAGCUUUAAUACACACUUUGAAAUGGAAGAGCUAUAGGUGAUUCAGGGGGUCAAAGGAGUUGCAAAGGGUUUUAAUCUCCCUCUUUUUUUUCCCCCUUUUUUGGUGGUGUUUUUAUUCUGUUCCAUCCAGCACAUUGAGUAUACCGGUCUUCCUGUGCUUCAGAAAAUGGCUAGAGAGAAAAGAGCAGACGAGAAAGACAGACAAGCAAAAAUGUCUGUUAUUUGGUCUCUUUGGACAACCGUGAAGCAGGGGUGGCUCUAUGUUUUCAGAAGGCAUUAAUUCACUGGGCAUGGUAGUGUUUAACUUAUUUUUACAAGGUGUGUGAUGUGCAAAGUACCCAUGUAUCCGCAGGUAGAUGGACAGAGCUAAUGACCUACUCCGAAGUACCACUGAAAAGGAAGUGAGAGACUUGUCUUCCAAAGAAAUGACUGGGCUUUGGCCAAACUUGGAAUCUGACUUCAGCUGAAAUAGACUUUUACAUUUUUACUAAGCCAUUUGGAAAAUGUCUUAAAAUAAUCAGGGAUCUACAUGUAGAUAAAUGUGUGUUUUGUGUGUGCAUGGAUAGCAGAACUACAAUUCAAGUAAAUACUUGGAUUUAAAAAUUGCAAGAUUUGUUUUUAAAAAAGCAAGAUUCUUUUUCUAACAAAAUCCUUAUCUUAGCUAUUGUUGUUGAAGAUGUUCUAAAACUUCUAUUUUUAUCUAACAUAACUGUUUAAUUCUUAAGUUUAAAUUUAUUAAACAGAUUAAAACCAAAACUGACUCUGGACAAUAGACUGAUUUUCUGAGUAGUUGUAGAAAAUUCUUCUCUGAAACAGUUUGUUCUGUGGACUAUUUGUUGUUAUUAAAGAAAUAAAAAGCAUUCUUUCCAAACUGGGUAUCAGUAUAGGGAGUAGCAUGUUUUUGCAGAUAUAUCCAUUUUUCUAUCCAUGUUUCCCCUCAAAAUACUAACAAAAAACUGCAAGAAAAAUUCUUGUUGUUCUGGUUGCUA